UGUCAGUAGACCCAAUUGGAGCUCUACCAGUCAGUUCAAUGGCGUCCUCUACUGCUGUGCCUGCAGGAUUCCACUAUGAAACAAAGUACGUUGUUCUUAGCUACUUGGGACUCUCUCAGGAAAAGCUGCAAGAGCAACAUCUUUCUUGCCCCCAAGGGAUUCAACUAGAUGUAGCUUCACAAUCUCCGGAUCAAGAAGUUUUAUUAAAAGUUAAAUCUGAAAUUGAAGAAGAGCUAAAAUCCCUGGACAAAGAAAUUUCUGAAGCCUUCACCAGCACUGGCUUUGACCGUCACACUCCUCCAGUUUUUAGCCCUGCUAACCCAGAAAGCUCCAUCGAAGACUGCCUGGCCCAUCUUGGAGACAAAGUGUCACAGGAACUGAAAGAACCUCUGCAUACAGCACUGCAGGUGCUCCUCAGCCAGCCAGUGACAUAUCAGGCAUAUCGUGAGUGUACGCUGGAGACUGCAGUUCAUGCCAGCGGGAAUAAGAUUUGGGUGCCUCUGGUUUUGCUCCGAGAAAUGCUUUUCGAAUUGACAAGACGAGGUCAGGAGCCUUUGAGUGCACCGCUGCAGUUUGGCGUGACAUAUCCGGAGGACUACGCAGCAGAGUACAUCGUUCAGCAAGGUGGCUGGGGCACUGUAUUUAAUCUUGAGUCUGAGGAGGAGGAAUAUCCUGGAGUUAUUGCAGAGGACAGCAAUGACAUUUACAUCUUGCCCAGUGACAACUCUGCACAAGUCAGUCCCCCAGAGUCUCCAACUGUGACCACUUCGUGGCAGUCGGAGAGCUUACCUGCCUCCCUGUUGGCCAGCCAGAGUUGGCACAUGGAAAGCCUGCCAGUGUCCCUAGGUGCUGAGUCCUGGCAGCAGAUAGCCAUGGAUCCUGAAGAAGUCAAGAGCUUAGACAGCAAUGGAGCUGGCGAGAAGAGCGAGAACAACUCUUCGAAUUCUGACAUUGUGCAUGUGGAGAGAGAAGAAAUACCUGAGGGUGUGGAAGAGGGCGCUGUGGCUCCUGUGCCGCCCAGGGAGCUGCAUGAGGCCUUCCCUACAGCUCCAGCUCCCUUGCUCCCACAUAUCAAUGCCACUUCCUUUCUGGAGACCAGGGAAUCUGGCCCAGAGAUGACUGCAGUAGAGGAAGCCAGCCCUGCCACAUCUUUGUUUGUAGAACUUGAUGAAGAAGAAGUGAAAGCAGCAGCAGUGGAACCUCCUGAAGUAGAGCAGGUGGUGACCCCUGCACUGAAAUCUGCAUCAACACCGCAGAGAGGAGAGGAGUCACAUGUGAGCAAAGAGAGCCUUCCAGAAGAGCCCUCCCCCACUGGAGGUGCAAAGGCCGUCCCACUGUGUGAGGGCAAGUUCAUCCUGCUGUUUGGAGGGGCUGCUGCUGCUGCUAUCCUGGCAGUGGCUGUUGGGGUGGCAUUGGCUCUGCGGAAGAAAUAGAUUCUCCAAAAGAGGAAGAAGACGCUGUGUUUGCUGGAUUUGAACUGCCAGCAGCUGAAUGGGUGUUUGUGGAACACUUGGGGAUAAUUGGGGUUUUCUGCUCAACAUGGCAGCGGGUUGAUCCACACAGUAGGGCUUGAGGUCGAGGGUGUUCAUGGUCAUCUGUGAAUUCCAAGGGCCUUGUCUCAUGUUAGAUUCAGAAUUACAGAA